AUGGUUGGAGCUGCACUAACUCCAUCAGCUGAGAACAAUAGUCGAUUUGAUGGCCUACUCUGGGACAGAGCCGCUGGAACAGUCCAAUGCGAUAGACCUUACGAAGACAGACCUUACCUAUUCAACCGGACUGAUCUACUUGCACUUGGCAAUGACAUCUGCGAGCGAUGUCUUAAAGUGCAUAACCUAUUACCACCUCAGAUGGCUUCCAUCUCUGGCGGGCUUGUGGGAAUCACAGUCUCUGUCCUUGCUGAAGAUGAACAUUCAUUUAUCACUGGGUUCAAGCUUGUCUACGGCAAGAAUACACCAAAUAUUUAUUUUGGCUAUCAAAUCCCUCAAAAGCAGAUCAAGAUUGAUCUUCGCGAUCAGCAGGGGGUUGGUAAGCCGAAUGCAACCUGCCAACCAGUUAUACUUGCUCCACGAGGAGAGUUAAAAGCCUUUGCUGGAGAUUUUGAUGGAAUGAUCUCACCUUCACAGUUGGCACCGAAAUGA